CUGUGUUGUCUAGGAAGACGUGUGCUUUUGCUGGAUGAAAAUUCUGAAAAUCUGAAUGUUUUUAAAAAAUGGCAGAUUCUGAGGUGUUGAAGACGUUAAAAGACAUUCCAUUUAAAAUUCAGACCGCAAGUCUUAAAGAGAGACGUAAAGUUCUUGAAGAAAUACAAGUUGUUUUAUCAUCUCCUGGUAUAACAGAGCCACCUGUACGUUUUGUGUGCCGCCAACUGCUCCUAACCCUAAACCGCUACCGGGACUCUACAUCUCAAUACUAUGUAAAGUGCCUGUUGGUAUAUCUAAUCAAAAAUCAUAAGGAAUGGACUCUGAAAAACCUUUUACCUUCUUUACUGGAAGUAUCUGAAAAUUUAAAAUGUACAUUUCCAACUAAAAGUACAAGUCAGACUGGUUUGUAUGCACUGCGUUGGACAACAAUUUUAGUUGAGGGUUCACUUGAGGUACCUGAUGACGUAUUGGACUAUACCACUCUGGUGCUGGCCCAGGCUAACUUGCUUGCUGUUGUUACUGCAUAUGGUGAUAAGAAGAAAAAUGAAAAAGGAUAUUCAAUGUUACAUAAUUGCUGGAAAGCAAUGGGAAAUGAAAAACUUCAGAAAUGGUUGAAUGUGUUGCUUUCCCAACCACCUGACUGUGGGCCCCAACUUUGUGUUGCAUUCUCCGCUUUGUGUCAUCAUGCAAAGCAUAUAAAUGAUGAAGCAUUCAUCUCUAAUCACAAGGCAAAAAUGCUUGACAGUUUAAUCAAAAGCCUCAUAACUGUCAAGGCUCGUCCCAAUUCAAAUUUCAUCCGGGGUUCAUCAGACCUUCUGCACUUAUUACAAAUAUCAGAUGUGCAAGAAACAUUGCUCCCUGCUCUACAAAAAGCUAUGCUAAGGAGCCCCGAAACCAUAAUACAAGCUGUCGGGGAAGUGGUAGCAAGUUUAGAAGUUUAUAUUGAUGGCGCAGCCGUAGAUAUUGGCAAGAGCCUGAUUGUGAACCUCCACUCACGAGAUGCGUGGGUGCGCAGCGAGGCGGAGGGCGCGCUGCGUGCCCUGGCGCGGCGAGUGUCUGCGCCGGCGGCCGCGAGUGCUCUGCUCUCAUACGCCUUUGCGCACUACAACGGCGCUAACGGGAAACUCACCUCCAGCGAGGACAAGAUUGCUGUACUCAAUGGCGUGAGCGCAUUGAAGGAGCUAGCGGUGUCAGAGGAGGAGCGUUCGAAACUGUUCGACGAAGUGGUGAUACAGAUAUCCCGCGUGCUCGACAGCGAAUCUCACGAGCGAACGCUAAGCGCCGCCCUGGAGACCCUGCUCUGCUGGACGGAGAGCAUAAAUACUCCAUUACCUGAGAAGAUUCUGCAAAUCUACAAGAAGGGGCUGGCGGCGAAGAGCGCGACGCAGGCGGUGCGCACGGCGUACACGUCGCUGGUGGCGCGCGCGCUGCGCGGCGGGCCGGCGCACGCCGACGCGCUGCGCGCCGCGCUGCUGGCGGCCGUCGAGCGCGCCGCGCAGCAGCCGCUGCAGCACCCGGUCGUGAGCGAGGGCAUCAGCGCGAUGGCGGCGCUGGCGCAGCUGGACGAGGCGGGCACGCUGCCGGCGCAGGGCGGCGCGUGGGCGGCGCUGACGCACGCGCACAAGCACGUGCUGCUGCACGAGCGCGUGCUGGCCGCCGCGCCCGAUGACGUCCUAACACAGGUGGUGCUACUGUGCAGAACCGUACUGGGAAAGUACGAGAGUGUAGCGACAGACCAAAAUUCCCCAGUGCUGAGAGCGUUUGUCAUGGUCCUUUUGUCACCGGUAAAGCCCGUUCGAACGGCCGCCUUAGAGGAGGCUAAAGCGUUGCUCGCUAAUCAAGAUAAAGCCUCCUUAGCGAGGAAUUUAGUGGCGAAGUUGAAUGAAGUGCUGGACGAAGGAAAGAUAUUCAGUGUCAAGGAAAAGACACCGCCAGAGGAGAAGGCUGAUGUAACAGGGAAGAUGAUACUGGAGUGUAUCCACGCGUUGUGCGCGUUCAAGGAUUACAAACAAGAGGAUUUAGAGGGCCUCGCCCUCGAAGCGCUGCCGUGCUCUCAUCAGCCGCUAGUGGUCGCGUUAGACAAGCGCGCCUGGCUGAAGAUGGUAACCUACUUACGUCUGGACCCGCAGCGUCUGGUUGCCUCUCACGCCAACAAACUGAAAAACACAUAUAUUAGUGGCUUUACACCCAAUGAGACGAUGCGCGAGGUGGUGUCGACGCUGGUGCACUGCAGCGCUGAGGCGCUGGGUGGCGCGACGCUGCGUGUGGCGCUGGAGGCGCUGCAGCGGCCCGAGUUGCUGGCCGUGACGCGCGACGACUACUUCGUGUACCUCACGCCGCACGGACACCUCCACGACAAGAGCGUCGUGCCCGGAAACGAGGACAGCAAGGAGAUGAAUCUAAAGCGCGAAAGCAAAGCGUACAGCUACAAGGAACAGUUGGAGGAGAUGCAGCUCCGUCGCGAGAUCGACGAGAAGCGGCGGCGAGAGGGGAAGGUCAAGGAAGUUCCAUUGACGGCGAAGCAGAAGGAAGCCAUAAAGACUCAACUCGCCAAGGAGAGCGCCAUUCGGGACCGCCUCACCCUGCUGAGCGGCGGCGUGGAGCGCGCGGCGGCGCUGCUGGGCGCGCUGGCGGCGGGCAGCCCGGCGGCGCUGGGCGCGGGCGCGCGCCGCGUGCUGCGCGCGCUGCUGGCCGCGCUGCGCUCGCCGCUGGCCGCGCCGCGCCUGGCGCCCGCCUACCGCCGCCUGCGCCUGGCGCUGCUGCCGCGCCAUCCGCAGCUGGCCGACCACGUCUCGCGCGUCACGCUCAGGUUGCAGAAGCCGCAGUGCGACCUGGACCCCAGCUGGGAGGAGGAGGACCUCGCCGAGGCGACGAUUAGAACCAUUAACUUGGUGUACGCCGCCACCGCUGCCAAGGCCGGCAAGCCCGACGAGGACAUCGUUCCCGACGAGUCCUACCACUUUACUGCUCCCGGGUUCUGCUACGUUUUCCCUCUGAUUAAAGAAGGUAUAACGAGCAGCUGGGCGUCGUCCAACGAGACGAUGGUGAUGAACGGCCUGGCAGUGAUCUCGCAGCACGCGUCGCUGCGCGGUGACGCCAGUUGCCUUCUGUCGCGUGACCAGCUGCACCCGCAGCUGUUUCCCAUCGACCAAAUGUUCCGGCUGCUGAUCGACGUGAUCGGCAGCAGCAGCGGGCGCGUCCGGGCGGCGUGCACGGUGGCGUUGCUGGACUCGGCCGCCUGCGCCGCGCGCGCACCUCUCUUCUUCGACGAUGUGCUGUGUCUGCUGGACGGCUUGCAGAAUCCGCUGGAGGUUGUGCGCGACGCAGCACUGAGAGCGUUGCUGUGCGUGGUAGAAUGUCUGCCCCCCUUCCUGGAGGACUCCGAACACGCGCUCUCUCUCACCAUGCGUCUCUAUGUGGCCAAGUUUGACGUGGCCGAAGACAACAAGACCCUGGCCAUGACGGUGUGGUCUAAGCUACCUCGCGCCGAAUCUUGGAUAAAGGAUGCAGCCGAGGAAAUGCUCGAGUUGCUGCUGCAGCAAAUUCAGCACCCCGCCGACGAGCUGCAACAGGCCGCCGCCGACGCGCUGGCAGAUCUGGUGUCGCGUGCGAGCGACUCGCCGACCGUCGCCGACAAAGUGCUGCAGAAUCUCCACGACAUCUACGACGACAAACUGCCGCUGAUCCCGGCCGUGCUGGACCAGUUCGGGCACGAGCAGGCGGCGGCGGUGGACGCGUGGGGCGCGCGGCGCGGCGUGGCGCGGGCGCUGCGCGCGCUGGCGCCGCGCCUGGCGCCCGCCGCCGUGCCCGCCGCCAUGGCCUUCUUCGUGCGCCGCUCGCUGUCCGACCGCAGCGAGCCCGUGCGCGAGGCCAUGCUGGCCGCCGCCAUGGCCAUCGUCGAGCUGCACGGGAAGGAGACGCUGAGCAGCCAGCUGCCGGUGUUCGAGCAGUUUCUGGAUACGGCCCCUAAGUCUGGCGGCUAUGACGCAGUUCGACAGAGCGUGGUGUUGCUGGUGGGGUCGCUGGCGCGUCACUUGGCACCCGACGACGAACGCCUCCGCCCCAUUACGCUGCGGCUGGUUAAUGCCCUGUCCACGCCAAGCCAGCAGGUACAAGAGGCAGUCAGCAACUGUCUGCCACAUCUGGUGACAUCACCUGCCCUGCAGACCGAGAUCCCCGCCAUAGUCACCAAGCUUCUCAAACAGCUACUGACUGCCGAAAAGUACGGAGAUAGAAAGGGUGCCGCCUACGGCAUAGCCGGAGUCAUCAAGGGUCUCGGCAUACUGUCGCUCAAACAGCUGGACGUGAUGGGCAAGCUCACCGAAGCUAUACAAGAGAAAAAAAACUUUAAAUAUAGAGAAGGCGCGCUGUUCGGCUUCGAGAUGCUGUGCAGCAAGCUGGGCCGCCUGUUCGAGCCCUACAUCGUGCACGUGCUGCCGCACCUGCUCAUGUGCUUCGGCGACCCGUCGCAAUACGUGCGCGCCGCAGCUGACGACACCGCCAAGCUCAUCAUGAGCCGCCUGUCCGCGCACGGAGUCAAGCUCGUGCUGCCCUCGCUGCUGGCGGCGCUGCAGGACGACAACUGGCGCACCAAGGCCGGUUCGAUCGAGCUGCUGGGCGCAAUGGCGUUCUGCGCUCCGAAACAGCUGUCGUCGUGUCUGCCAUCCAUCGUGCCCAAGCUCAUAGAAGUGCUGAGCGACUCACACAUGCGCGUGCAGGAGGCAGGCGCGGAGGCACUCAAGGUCAUCGGAUCCGUUAUACGAAACCCUGAAAUUCAAGCGAUCGUCCCGGUCUUGCUGCAAGCACUGCAGGACCCAUCCAACAAGACGUCGCUGUGCCUGCAGACCCUGCUGGACACCAAGUUUGUCCACUUCAUUGACGCACCGUCGCUGGCUCUCAUCAUGCCCGUGGUGGAGCGCGCCUUCCUCAACCGCAGCACGGAGACGCGCAAGAUGGCGGCGCAGAUCAUCGGCAACAUGUAUUCGCUCACCGACCAGAAGGACCUCUUACCCUACCUGCCCAGCAUCGUUCCCGGUCUUAAGAGCUCGCUGCUCGAUCCUGUGCCUGAGGUGCGGUCGGUGUCGGCUCGCGCGCUGGGUGCUAUGGUGCGCGGUAUGGGCGAGAACAGCUUCGAGGAUCUUCUACCUUGGCUCAUGGUAACGCUCACCUCCGAGUCCAGCUCCGUGGACCGUUCGGGCGCCGCGCAGGGCCUGUCCGAGGUGGUGGCCGGCCUCGGCAGUCAUAAGCUGCACAAGAUCAUGCCCGAUAUAAUAGCGACAGCCGAGCGACCCGACAUCGCCCCGCACGUGAAGGACGGGUACAUAAUGAUGUUUAUAUACAUGCCGGGCGCCUUCACCGACGAGUUCACGCCCUACAUUGGCCAGAUCAUCAACCCCAUCCUCAAGGCGCUGGCCGACGAGAACGAGUACGUGCGCGAGACCGCGCUCAAGGCGGGCCAGAGAAUCGUCAACCUGUACGCGGAGACCGCCAUCACGCUGCUUCUGCCGGAGCUGGAGCGCGGACUGUUCGACGACAACUGGCGCAUCCGAUACAGCUCUGUGCAACUGCUGGGAGAUCUGCUCUACCGUAUAUCCGGCGUGUCCGGCAAGAUGAGUACGGAAACGGCUUCCGAAGAUGACAACUUCGGAACCGAGCACUCGCACAAGGCGAUUAUACGAGCACUUGGACCGGAUCGCAGGAACAGAGUGCUGGCCGGUCUGUACAUGGGCAGGAGUGACGUGGCGCUGAUGGUCAGACAGGCCGCGUUACACGUCUGGAAGGUGGUCGUUACGAAUACUCCGAAGACUCUUCGUGAAAUACUGCCAACGUUAUUUAAUCUUCUGCUGGGCUGUUUGGCAUCCACGAGCUACGACAAGAGGCAAGUGGCUGCGAGGACUCUGGGAGAUCUCGUACGAAAGCUGGGUGAGCGCGUGCUGCCCGACAUCGUGCCCAUCCUGGAGCGCGGGCUGCGCUCCGAGCGCGCCGACCAGCGCCAGGGCGUCUGCAUCGGCCUCGGGGAGAUCCUCGCCUCCACCUCGCGCGACGCCGUACUCAGCUUCGCCGACGGACUGGUGCCGACGGUGCGCACGGCGCUGUGCGACGAGCUGCCCGAGGUGCGCAUGGCGGCGGCGCGCGCCUUCGACUCGCUGCACGCCACCAUCGGCAACAAGGCGCUCGACGACAUCCUGCCGCCCAUGCUGGACGCGCUGCGGGACCCCGAUCCCAUCGUCGCCGACGCGGUGCUCGACGGACUUAAGCAGGUGAUGUCGAUCAAGUCUCGUGCGGUUCUGCCGUACCUGGUACCCGUGCUGACGGGGGCGGGCGGCGGCGCGGCAGACACGCGCGCGCUGUCGGCGCUGGCGGCGGCGGCGGGCGGCGCCCUCACGCGCCACCUGCCGCGCGUGCUGCCCGCGCUGCUGGCGGCGCUGGUGGCGGCGCGCGGCACGCCGGCCGAGGCGCGCGAACUCGACUACUGCCGCGACGCGCUUCUACCCGUCGUCGACGACGCCGGAGUCAGAAGUAUCAUCGACACGCUGAUGGAGUGCGUGCGCGGCGAGGGCGAGGAGGGGCGGCGGCGCGCGGCGGCGGCGCUGCUGUGCGCGUUCGUGACGCACACGCGCGCCGACCUCAUCCCGCACGUGCCGGCGCUGCUGCGCGGCCUGCUGCUGCUGUUCGCGGAGCGCGAUCGCGACGUGCUGCUGAUGGCGUGGGAGGCGCUGUCCGCUCUCACGCGCAUGCUCGAGGCGGAGAAGCAGCUCGGCUACGUGUCCGAGGUUCGCCAGGCGGUGCGGUACGCGGCCGCCGAUCUCAAGGGCGAGCCGUUGCCCGGCUUCUGUCUCCCGAAGGGUAUCGCACCAAUUUUACCAUUGUUCCGGGAGGCUAUCCUUAACGGUCUGCCAGAAGAGAAAGAAAACGCCGCACUAAUGUUAGGCGAAGUUAUCAAGCUGACAACAGCCAGUGCUAUCCAACCUUCAGUGGUUCACAUAACCGGACCACUCAUCCGUAUUCUGGGUGAUCGCUUCAACUCAAGCGUAAAAGCCGCCGUUUUGGAAACACUAGCCCUACUGCUUUCUAAGGUCGGCGUAAUGCUCAAACAAUUUUUGCCGCAAUUACAAACGACAUUCGUCAAAGGCUUGAGUGAUCCGAAUCGACCCGUGCGUAUAAAAGCCGGACUCGCCCUCUCCCAGCUAGUACUGAUACACACCCGCGCCGACCCUCUUUUCCUCGAAGUGCAUAACGGAGUCAAGAACGCAGAGGACUUGAACGUCAAAGAAACUAUGCUUCAAGCUUUGAGGAGCGUCAUCACUAACGGUGGAAACAAGAUGUCGGAACAGCUCGCCCUCACAGUGCUAGCGAUGCUCACGUGCCCCGCCCUGCUUGCGCACCCGGAGGACCCUCCCCGCAGCGGUGCCGGCGGCUGCCUCGGAGCGCUGCUGCACUGCCUUGCGCCUGCGCACCGCGACGCUGCACUGCUGCAUCACGUGCUUGCAGCCGGCAACCCAACCAAUCAAAACGCUGCAACGGAAGACUGGCUUCUUACACAUGGGCGCUCCUGUGCGCUUUUCGUAGCCCUCAAGGAGACACCGGAACAAAUAUACAGAGAUCACUUUGAAGAGAAAAUAGACAAAGUGCUCUUGGUCUACCUCGCCAGUGAUAAGACUCCUAUCGUGUGCAACGGCAUCCGAGGCAUCGGCUACUUGAUUCGGCAUCUACUCAAGAAGGAGAGGCCCGUGCCGCCGAAUAUACUCUCACAGUUUGUCAGGAGCAUGAACCACAGCAGUAACGACGUGAAGCAGCUGAUGGCGCGCGCGUGCACGCUGGUGGGGCGCGACGGCGCGCUGCAGGCCCGCGGCGCGGGCGCGGACGUGCUGCGCGCGCUGCUGCCGGCGCUCGUCAACGGCACCAAGGAGAAGAACACCUACGUGCGCGCCAACUCGGAGAUAGCUCUGCGUGCCGUUCUGCGUCUGCCGCAGGACGACGCCUUCCACCAGCAAUGCAUGUCGCUUCUGGAGGAGGGCAUGCGCGAGGCGCUGGGUGACGUGGUGACGCGCGUGCUGCGACGCGCGGUGGUGGAUGGACGCGACGAGGAUCUCGACUGCACGCUCAUUACCUGAGCGAUAACAAUUUUAACUAUUAUAAAUAAUAUAUCUGUUUAUAAAUGUA